AUGGCCUUCUGGUGUUCCUUUUCAGCACCGGUCCCAAUAACCCGCCAACCCAACGGCCACGAUAUCUGGGAUGCACCACAAGUGGUUGCACCUCUCACCACCUCCACCCGACACCCUCGAUGGACACCUCGACCCGCCAACCUCUUUGAUCCCCGCAGUAACGUUAUUGAUACCACCACAGAAUCUCUAUCUCAACGAACAGAGCCGCUCCAUCGCAACGCCACCAAUUUUCUCGAUUCUCGCAAUCAACCUACGGUAUCAACACCUUACCCUACUCACUGGCCUACAUCACUAUUCACGACGUUCACGUCCGACUCUGUUAACAACGAGGAAGAUAACACAACUCUGGCGCAGCACAACCUACCACCCUCCACGGACAAUUCAAACAUGGAACGACUUCAAACUAUGAACGCAACCGACAUUGCGGCCUUUUUGAGAGGGAACCUAGCGCAAAACGACGGCUCGCAAGCAGACGACUUGCAGGAAGACGACUUGACCAUGGCACCGAGGCCAGCGACACCACUGGGAUCAAAUGGGGAUCACCCCCUUCACCAACUUCUCGAUGAACCCGACGAUGAAGACCGAGAAGAUGCCCUACUCAUCGCGACCGCCGAAGCGGGCUCGCUGUUCACGGCUUUCUUUGCCGGUGAGUUAUAA